GGAAAAAGUUGGACCGGAUUGAUUCUAAAAUGCUAAUUCCGGCUCACCGCCACCCACAAACGAAUCAUCCUCCACGAAUCCCGCACCGACCGGUUCGUCUUCCUCCUUUGUCCCCCCUUCCUUUUUUUAUACGCCAGCAGCAUGGAGCGAGCGAGCUCACUCACUCACUCAUCCAUGGCGUCCACCGCUCCUCCUCUUUCCCUCCUCUACUCUCUACUCCUCCUCCUCCUCGUAGUAGCAGGUAAUGGAACUUCCAAGCCCCUGCAGCGUCAAACCCUCCUCGUUACUCCUCUUAGAAGCCCUGCAACCGUCGUUCCAGAGGAGGACGAGGCUCCAAGCAUAGCAACGGGGGUGGACUCCGAGUCCGAGGCGACCCUUUCGCCCUCCUCCUUCCACUUCGAGCUCUCACACCGUGAUUCCCUCCUUGCCGCGACGGCCUCUCCCGAGCAGAUCUUCAGCCUCCGCCUCGACCGUGACGCUGAGCGGGUCGAAUCCCUCCGGCAAAUGCUCGCGGAGGUGGCUGCCCCGCUUCCUCGUAACGUCACUGGACGGCGGGGGUUCAGCAGUAAGGUGGUGUCCGGCCUCACGCAGGGCAGCGGCGAGUACUUCGCCAGGAUCGGGAUCGGCACGCCGCCGAGGUACGUCUACAUGGUGCUCGAUACCGGCAGCGACAUCGUCUGGCUGCAGUGCGCCCCGUGCCGGCGCUGCUACUCCCAGUCCGACCCGAUCUUCGACCCUCGAAGAUCCCGCACUUACGCCGCCGUACCCUGCGGAACCCCGCUAUGCCGCCGCCUGGACGUGGCCGGCUGCGACACGCGCCGCCGGAGCUGCCAGUAUCAGGUCUCGUACGGUGACGGAUCCAUCACCAUGGGUGAGUUCUCGACCGAGACACUCACUUUCCGGCGAAGUGUCCGUGUCCCGCGCGUCGCUCUUGGAUGCGGCCAUGACAACGAGGGCCUCUUCGUUGCCGCUGCGGGUCUCCUCGGCCUUGGUCGUGGAAGCCUCUCUUUUCCGUCCCAGGCUGGCCGACGGUUCGGCCGGAUGUUUUCAUACUGCCUGGUAGAUCGCACCUCUGCCGGUGCUCCAAACCGGUCAUCCACGGUGGUGUUCGGGAACUCCGCCGUGCCCAGGGCCUCUUCGCGAGUGGCCUACACUCCCAUGCUGCGAAAUCCCAAGGUGGAUUCUUUCUACUACAUCGAGCUCACAGGAGUGAGCGUCGGCGGCACGCGCGUGCCCGGCGUCCUGGCGUCCGACCUCCGCCUAGAUCCCUCGACCGGAAGGGGAGGCGUGAUCAUCGACUCGGGAACGUCAGUGACGCGACUGGCGCGGUCGGCAUACCAAGCGCUGCGCGAUGCCUUCAGGGCCGGGACGACAGGCCUGAAGCUGGCGCCUGGCGGUUUCUCCCUCUUCGACACAUGCUACGACCUCUCCGGGCGGACGGAGGUCAAGGUUCCCACGGUGUCGCUGCACCUCGCCGGCGAUUCGGCUGUGUCGCUGCCGGCGGAGAACUACCUCAUCCCGGUGGACACCAGGGGCACGUUCUGCUUCGCGUUCGCUGGGACUGACAGCGGCGUGUCCAUCAUCGGCAACAUACAGCAGCAAGGGUACCGUGUGGUGUUCGACAGAGAUAGGUCGAGGGUAGGGCUCAUGCCGCGAGGAUGUUGACGGCGGCUGCCGAUAUAGGCCACCGGCGCUUGAAGCAACUUUUUUUUCACCUAAAUUUUUAUCCAAUUUACUUUUUCGAGUAGCUGCCCAACCUGCAGCAGAGUGCAGCGCGCACAUGGGAGGUCGAAUUAACUCUCCCCUACCCUCGCCCUUGCCCUUUUUAGUAGCCGUUGUAUGCAUCCACCACCCGUAAAGCAUGCCUCUUCUUCCACGCACUUGUCUCUGCUGUUUCCCCUGUUAAUGCAACUCUGCACUGGUUUCAUCUUAA